CCCAUCAUCUGCACGACCUGGCGCGACGACCACGACGACCCUCAUGAACCUGAAUUACAUUACGCCACCCCCGCCGCCUCAGCUGCGUCCCCCAGCGUACCUGCAGGCACAGGCGGCGCAGCAGAAGGAUAGCAUCGACACUUGCCUCGAUGCCCAGUCGUUAAGGACCCUCGCUGAGGGCGUGCUCGACAUCCCCGAGUCUGAGGACCGUUUUUUCACUCUCACCAAGCCCGACGGCGAGGCCAUCCUUCCUCUUCCGUCCCACCUCACCCAGAUUUACGUCCUUAAGUGGGCCAACCCGACAAGAAUUGGUGGCGGAGCCGGUGCCGCUUACUCGCUCGAUGUCAUCAGCGACGACUCCGCACGCGCGCGCACAAGGCAUCUCUAUAUCACCUACAUGGACGAGGCUGGUCCAAGUCGUUGUCGAGUGGCCCUUGCCAAAGCAAUACAGCAGUUGGGCCCGAUACUAUACACAGCUGAGGAGGAUGCACGAGACAGCCCAACGGUGUAUGACCUGCGACACGGGAAUGCUGAACUCAUGAUUCCCGAGCGGCUCGACUAGAGUGCCGUCUUCGUCCUCUAUGAUGUCGUACUAUGUUUACUUGAGCAGAUGAGCCCAUAACAGGACCGGCCUUGUCGCGUUCUCUCAUGUAUCCAUAUCCUCAGGUUUCGACUGGCUGAGUUUGGAGCUUCUGUAUUCCCCUCUCCUCCAUCCUGAAUUAUCAUCUGUCCUUAGCUGUACUUCCAAUUUCCGUCACUGCCCUCGAGGGUUUGUGUCCCCAGUGCUCUCUCGCUCUGCAGAAUGUACCGUGCAUCCAUGUCGCGACCCUGGGGUAUGCUCACGGACGUUGCUUUCGAUCCCUUUCACUUCUACCUUGUCCGUUCAUCUCGCUGCUGCUGCUAUACACGCAUGGUCUGUCGUUUGCACCUAAUGUACCGUCAUUGCUUCGUAUUUACCGGGCCUCUAUCUGCAGGUUCC